GUGCUCUGUAACAGAGCAAGAUUGGUCACCUACCUACCAGGGGUUUAUUCCUUAGUCAAAAGAGUUGUAAACCCCAAGGCUUUUUCUACAGCAGGUUCCUCUGGCUCAGACGAGCCUCAUGUUGCCGCUACACCUCCUGAUUUAUGUCCAAGAACUGUAUGGCCAGAUGAAGUAAUGGGUCCAUUUGGUCCUCAAGACCAGAGAUUCCAGUUGCCUGGUAAUAUUGGUUUUGACUGUCACCUAAAUGGCACUGCUUCUCAGAAAAAAAGCCAAGUUUCAAAAAGUCUCCCUGAUAUAUUAGCAGAGCCUUCAGCAAGUGAAAGGCAUGAAUUUGUAAUGGCACAAUACAUAAAUGAGUUUCAGGGUGCUGAUGUUCCACAGAAACAGCAAAUAAAUAACGCUGAAACUUAUUUUGAAAAUGCAAAGGUAGAAUGUGCAGUACAAGCUUGUCCUGAACUGUUACGAAAAGACUUUGAGUCGAUGUUUCCAGAAGUGAAUGCCAACUGUUUAACGGUGUUAACUGUCACCCAGAAGACUAAAAAUGAUAUGACUGUAUGGAGUCAAGAAGUGGAGGAUGAGAGAGAAAUGUUGUUAGAAAAUUUCAUUAAUGGUGCCAAGGAAAUUUGCUAUGCAAUUUGUUCUGAAGGCUAUUGGGCUGACUUCAUUGAUCCAUCCUCAGGACUGGCAUUUUUUGGACCUUACACAAACAACACUCUGUUUGAAACAGAUGAACGCUAUCGCCACUUUGGAUUUUCCGUUGAUGACCUUGGCUGCUGCAAAGUUAUUCGUCAUAACAUCUGGGGUACUCAUGUGGUUGUAGGAAGUAUUUUCACUAAUGCUGAACCUGACAGCCCUAUCAUGAGAAAACUAAGUGGAAAUUAGCAGUCAUCAGGGUUUCACAAGUUCUUAUGACCUUUGCAUUCUUUUACUUGAUGAUUGUUUCUAAGCAUUGUCAGGAAAUGCCACACUUUAAAGUAUUCUUAACUAAUAAAGUAGCUGUUAUUUAUUUUAGUCUUUGUGAAUACGUGUUCACCACAUGUGACUUGGAAUAUUAAUUGACAACAUUCAAACAGAUACCUUUUUGUGCCAUAUGAGUUUUAAGCUGUGAGUUUCCUUCAUCUUGAAUGAGUUUAAACACACAUGUAUAUAGCUAUCUGCCUA